AUGGCUCGCGGCAGGACAGCGGCUGCGACCGCGGCUGCUGCUGCUCCUCCUCCUCCUCCUCGUUUGAGCGCAUUGGCAGCUCGCAAGGCACGACAAGAAGCUCAAGCUCAAGCACAGACAAUCAGGAGCAGCAACACGAGAAGACCUUCGCAAGCAUCCAGCUCUCGUCAAGUCGAUUCGCAGUCAGAUGAAGAGAAGCUCGGUGUCGAGGUGGUGCUGCCCAUGUCAAGCGCUUCUCAAGCAGCAGCGUCGCGCGCUCGAUCCCCUCUCCCAGCCUCCUCCCCCGACAUAACAGCACCUCUCACUUUGAAACGCCCACGCACCUCAUCCACAGCGCAAGAGGCAUCCACAUCCAUCGCUGUGACGAGGCCGAGAAGGAACUCGACUGCGAGCACUGCCGCGCAGCAAGUCUCCACUCCAAAGGCACCCAGGGCAAGCAAAGUCAAAGUAUCACAGAGCACACCAAUUCGUGCCAAUGACAUAACUACACCUUCCUCGAGCAAGAGGACGCCUGCCUCGUCCAACAAUGUGGGCAAAGCGCGACACGACUCGGACGCGGAAGGGGAGGUGGACGCGGACGACGUUGACAAUGACCUGGACUUGACCCGGGAUCUUGAAAAGAUCAUUUCCGACCUCAAUGAUCGCAAUGACGUCAGCGACAUCCAAACUUCAGAGCAGGACGCACCACCUCGCAAGAAGCGCGCAAAGCAGCCCUCGAAUGUGAUCGACACUCCUCUCAAGUCAACCUCCAACACAAAGCGCACGCCUGCCAAAGCUUCGCGUUCGGAAAAGGCGCCAUCAAAGAAGGCUGCUGCCAAAAGACAGUCCCCCAAGAAGGUCGAUGCGAGAGAUCCCAAGGUGACUCAGUCUAAUGAGGUGGCUUCCUCGGCGAAGGCCAAACAGCCACCCAAGAAAAAGCUCACGGCAGAUCAGAUGCGCGUCAGAGAUGCAAAGCGCUACUUUGCUGACACCGCUCAGCAACGGGGCAAGACGAAUGUGGAAACGUCGGCCAUGCCUGUGGAAGACCAAGAGACGGGCUUCCUCGCAUUCGGUGACGAUGCCGAUGACGGUGAUGAUCAGUCGAGAUCAACAGACGCGGAAGAGGAGGAGCAUGACGACCAAGGAGAAGAAGCCGAAGAAGAAGACGAGGAUCGCACAGAUGACUCUUCUGACGACGAUCAGCCUCAGAAAGGUCAGUCCAUUCCCACGAAUGGCUCCAUGCUCAGCUUCCGUCCGGCCAAUGGAGGUCCGCGUCGCGCAGACCGCCAGCGCAAAGGCAACGAGGUGCUUCCCUAUUCUUUGCCGAACAAGAUCGUGCUCGAAGAUGAAGAAGAAGACGCAGAAGACGAUGAGCAAGAGGACAUGGAUCCUGUCCAACUUGGCUCCCACGCUUUGACUCGCCAGGCGCUCUCGGAUGCCGUCCCGUACUCUCGCUUUGUGCCGGUUCUCGAAGGCGAGACGAAAAAUCUUUCUGUCGUCGAGAACAAGCGCAAGCGAGGGAAGGAAGCGCUCUAUUUUGGUUUGCGAGCCGGAGAGACGCUCGUCUUCCUUGGCAUCGGUCAUCUCGAGGUGCUUCGAGGCAGUGUACAGAUGGGAGGCGCGAUCAUCUCCUCCUCUGCAGAAGGACUCAGUGCCGCCGACAUCUAUGCUCCCCUUAGCAAUGCGCUUCCAGUCCUCAAGUCGGUAUCGGCAUCGCGCUACCCCGGCUACACUGAGGCUGCUGCAGGCGCCUCACAGAACAGUGGCGACAGCCAAGUCGAGUCCAGCGUCCAGGACAUCUUUGAUAUCGCCUUUGACAGCAUUGUCAGGCUGACUCCUUUGUCAUCACCCAUCACGGCCCUCGGUCAAGUUUGUCCGAUUGGAGGACUCGCCACGCUCUUCUCAAUGCCACCCAGCCUUGAGCUCAGUAGCCAGGUCCACCAGCUCUCGACCAUCAAAGUGCUGCUCGAACCCGACAUUGACGACCUCCUCCAAAAGCAAAGGCAGAGAAUUCUCUUGGCAAACGGCAUCUUUCCCACUGUUGGACUCAGCGCCACCUACAUUCCGCACAAGUGGCAGCAUGCUCUUCACCGUCUUUCAGCUUCAGCCGUGUCUGCUGCGCAGCAUCCUCAGGAAGAGGCUGUCGUUGCACUCAUCCGCGGCAACAAGAAGGUCGGCAAGAGCACUUUGAGCCGCAUGUCGCUCGAGAGGCUGCUUUCAAUGGGCAAAUCCAUCGGUGGAAAAGUCGCCUACCUCGAGCUUGAUCUCGGUCAGAGUGAUUUUGGCCCGCCGGGUAUGGUCGCAUUGCACCUGCUGAGCCUUACCGACACUGUCCAGAGCGGAGUCUUGGAAGAAACAGAAGCCGACGCGACUGAACGAAUGGACGGUGAGUCGGACGAGGCGCCACCGGAGUCCGGAGGCCCAGCCGCAGCGCUUCAAAGCGACCAGCCUCGCUUUCGAAACUGCAUCAAGCUCGGUCCUGGUUGGUGCCAGCCCCGAGUGCCCGUACGAGCUCAUUUCAUCGGUGACGUCUCGCCUCGAGAUGACCCCGAGAGCUAUGUUGCUGCCGCGCACGACUUGAUCGAUUUCUUCCGGACUCACAUCCAACCCGGUCAGCCUGGGGAAGACGGCGAGCCGCAGCGUGUUCCGCUGGUCAUCAAUACUCAAGGCUGGAUCAAGGGGCUUGGUGCUGAUCUCGCUGCACGCAUCGAGCCUCUGCUGCGACCCACACACAUCUUUGACGUAAUUCCUCGUGGCUCGUCUGAUCCGGUUCCGCCUCCUACUCGUGGCCAGCCAUGGCUCGACAGUGAAGGCGCGAUCCUUGGAUCGGGUCCCGAGAUCGUUACGCUCGAGAGCGUCUCGCAAUUGGAAUAUGUGCAAAAUGCAUUCGGACAGCAGCGGUAUAGCGACAGCAACAACCAGCGUGCCCAGGCCAAUGCCAAUCAGAGCAGUAGUACAUCGAGAGCAGUCGACGACAAGCACGAAGCUGGCGAUGGAGACUCGACUCCUCCCCGCUAUAUCACCGAAGUUGGGUCUAAGUUGGCGCCCGCCGAGUCUCGCCUGCUCAACAUCAUGAGCUAUCUGUAUGCCACAAAGCUUGCCCCCCCUGGACCUGGCAGUGCUACAGCGCAAGGCACCUGGGAUUUCAGCCAGCCUCUUGUGCAUCGUCGUCCACUUGUGGUUGACGUGCGCAACGGUCUCAAGGCAGGUGUCCGUGUGCUGGCUCUAGGCUCGUCGGUGCCUGACAGUCUCAAACUUAUGGCUCUCAACUCGUCCAUCGUAGCCAUUAUCGUCACGGACCGCAACGAUGCACUGCAGGCCCUUCAGGAUGACGCUGAAGCUCGAAAGCAUCUCGAUGCUGGCAGCACGUGGAAGCAGGCAUUCGACCGCGCUGCCCAGCUCGCCCAGCUUGGUCGUGGACUGUCAACGCGCUGUGUGGGACUUGGCAUCGUCCGCUCCAUCGAUGCUCUAUCUGGCCAGAUUCAUUUGGUCGCACCUCUCGAUCCAGCGUUCUUACGCCAAGUGGAGUCCGACACUGGUGCGCAUAUUGGCUUGAUCAAAGGCGCUCUCGAGCUGCCUGUCUGGGCAUCGCUCGACUUUGAGGCUAUUAAAGAGGCUCGAGAAAGCAGACUCGAUGUUCCGCCCGCCACCGCCACAGCUACUUUACCGCUCUCUCUCGACGGUGGAGCUUCCAGCAAUGGCAUCCACACGGCAGAAGAGCAGCCGCAGGAGAAGCUCCUCGCGGGUAUACCCAGAAAUCAAGUUCCUUACUUGGAGUGGCCCUAUUCCACGAAUGCGUUGACCUCCUCUUCGUCCCGACAAAAGGGCAGGCACGCUGCUGCAUUCAACGGCAAUUCUAGCAGCAACGCCUCUUCUGUCCCCCUCACACUCGGCUCUGAGAAGCGCCGCGUCCGUCGCAACCUGAUGCGCAAGAGCCAGUUUGCAUGA